GUCAAUAAGUUUGUGUUUACAGUUCUCAUUUGUUUAUAUCGAAUUUAAAAAAAAAAAGUGCUAAAGCUGAAUUUAAACUGAUUGUAACAAACAAGAAAAACAAUCCAGAAAAUAUACAUACAUACAUUAUUUCAGUUAAACUGUUAAACAAACGUUUUAACGUUCAUGAACAUGCACUGACAAUGCACUUUUAAGAGAAGGGCUGCAGCGGCGUGGGUGUAUUUCCGCCAGGCGGCGCUGUGACUCUGCUGGAAGCUCUGGAAUCUCCGAGGCCCCUGACGUCAUCGCGGGGAAAGCUGAUUGGCUCCAGCGGGGAGAUUUAAACGCAAAAGAUGGCGGCUGCUAAGAAGCGCAGUUUGGACGGUGAUGAUGGACCCGAGUCAGGACACGAAUCGGGACCGGAGACCAAGCCAGCGACUGGGGAUGGGAAAGACACAAAGAAGACCAGAGCUGGACCCGGGUCCGAAGCCGGGUCCGUGCUGGCCGGGUUCCGCACGGAGAAGGUCAUGCGGGAAUCUUCCCGGGAGAAAAACAUUUUCAUCCACGGCAAGAUGGGAAGCGGACCCAACGAGGGGCAGGACGCGGUUCUCAUUCUAGAGAAGACCCCGUUCAGAGAAGACAGCCUGGCGGAACUCUUCCAGUCCUCUGCGCUAAAUCUGCAGAUGCGCAACGAUAUCUAUAGCACGUACCACAUGCACCCUCCCCCGCAUCUAAACGACAUCAAGGCAACGGUGGUGUGUCCGGCUACAGAGAAGCACAUCAAGAAGUACCAGUGUCAGGAACUGUUCCUUAUCCAGGAGAGUGGAGAGGACUAUCGGAGCAUCACCCUGCCCUACAUCCAGGAGCAGAGCUUCAGUGUACAGUGGGUGUACAAUAUAUUGGAAAAGAAGGCAGAAGCCGAUCGGAUAGUCUUUGAAGACCCGGAUCCACAGAACGGCUUUGUCCUCCUCCCAGAUUUUAAAUGGGAUCAGAAGCAGCUCGAUGACUUGUACCUGAUUGCCAUCUGUCAUCGGCGUGGGAUCAAGAGCCUGAGAGAGCUGACCUCGGAUCACCUGCCUUUACUGCAGAACAUCCAGCAGGACGGACAGGCAGCCAUCAUGAAGCGCUACGGCGUUCCUUCCCAUCGCCUGAGAGUCUACCUGCAUUACCAGCCUUCCUACUACCACCUGCAUGUGCAUUUCACUGCGCUGGGCUACGAGACUCCGGGCUGCGGAGUGGAGCGUGCCCACCUACUCUCGGACGUCAUCCAGAACUUGCAGAGCGACACUCAGUACUACCACUCCCGAACCCUCACCUACCCCCUCCGAGCAGACGAUGCCCUGCUGCACAAGCUCAGGGAGGCCGGGCGCUUUUAGGACUUAUUUUAUACAAGGCAGUAUAAUGGUAUACAGAAAUACAUGAUCACACGGUUCUCUUUGUAUGAAUAAUGUACUGUAUGUGGAUUUUUGUUUUUCUAGCAAAAUAAAAUUUAAAAAAGC